AUGGUAAGACAGUUUUGGUAAAAACAAUUCUUUUAGAGCUUCGAAGAAGUUGCCGAAAAAGUCCGCAAGUUGGCGAAAAAGCCAUCAGAGUCGGAGAUGCUCGAUCUGUACAGUCUGUAUAAGCAAGCUACAGUCGGCGACUGCAAUACCUGUAGGAUGCCCAAUCCAUUUAAGUUAUUUCUGUUUCAGCACGCCCCGGGGCAGUACACUUUGAAGCGAAAUCGAAGUGGGAUGCCUGGAACAACAGAAAAGGAAUGGACCGUGAGGUGGCCAAACAAGAAUACAUUAAACUUGGCAAUGCUGCUAUCGGGAAAUAUGGUCUAUUGUAA